ACAGUGAGGUGGGGAGGAGAAGGGACAUGGCCGGGUUCCGAGUCCCGUCCGUGCUGGUGAGCGGGGCCAACCGCGGGAUCGGGCUGGGGCUGGUCCGGCAGUUGCUGGGGCUGCCAAACCCCCCCCAGUGGGUGUUUGCAGGUUGUCGGGACCCCAAGGGGCAGCGAGCGCAGGAGCUACAGGAGUUGGCCUCCAAGCACCCCAGCCUGGUGGUCGUUGCGCUGGAAGUGACCGACCCUGCCAGCAUCAAGGCGGCUGCAGCCAGAGUGGGGGAGAAGCUGGGGGGCUCGGGGCUGAACCUGCUCAUCAACAACGCUGGAAUUGCCAAGUUGACCUCAUUUGAAACAGAGACACUGGAGAGCAUGACUGAGAUUUACACCACCAACACGAUUGGGCCCCUGCUGCUGAGCCAGGCGUUCCUGCCCUUGCUGAAGAAGGCUGCCCAGGGGAGCCCGGGCUCAGGGCUGAGCUGCAGCAAGGCCGCCAUCAUCAACAUGUCCAGCGCUGGGGGCUCCAUCACUUCUCCUCUUGGUUGGGAACUGAUGCCUGUUGUCUCGUACCGCUGCAGCAAGGCUGCUCUGAACAUGCUGACCAGGUGCCAGUCCCUGGGGUACCGGGAGCACGGCGUCCUCUGCCUGGCUCUGCACCCCGGCUGGGUGCAGACCGACAUGGGCAGCGCAGCCGGACUCACGCCCCCCUUGACGGUGGACGAGAGCGUGCGAGGGAUGCUGAAGGUGCUCUCCUCCCUCUCCGAGAAGGACACCGGCACCUUCCUGGACUGGGAAGGGAAGGUGGUGCCCUGCCCAGGACCUUCUCCACCCCCCGUCACGCUGGAUCCACGGGCCGAGGCCGACGGCCCCAGGUUCACCAAGGCCAAGUGCCGGCAGGGAAGUAGGAGCAGAGGGAGGAGAAGGGACAUGUCAGGGCUUACUGUCCGCUCGGUGCUGGUGAGCGGGGCCAACCGCGGGAUCGGGCUGGGGCUGGUCCGGCAGUUGCUGGGGCUGCCAAACCCCCCCCAGUGGGUGUUUGCAGGUUGUCGGGACCCCAAGGGGCAGCGAGCGCAGGAGCUACAGGAGUUGGCCUCCAAGCACCCCAGCCUGGUGGUCGUUGCGCUGGAAGUGACCGACCCUGCCAGCAUCAAGGUUGCUGCAGCCAGAGUGGGGGAGAAGCUGGGGGGCUCGGGGCUGAACCUGCUCAUCAACAACGCUGGAAUUGCAAAGUCAAACUCACUUGAUUCGGCAACGCCUGAGGACAUGACCCAAAUUUACACCACCAACACCAUUGGGCCCCUGCUGCUGAGCCAGGCGUUCCUGCCCUUGCUGAAGAAGGCUGCCCAGGGGAGCCCGGGCUCAGGGCUGAGCUGCAGCAAGGCCGCCAUCAUCAACAUGUCCAGCAUUGGAGGAUCCAUUAAGGAAAUGUAUUUAUGGGAUCUGGCCAAUUAUCUCUCGUACCGCUGCAGCAAGGCUGCUCUCAACAUGCUGACCAAGUGCCAGUCCCUGGGGUACCGGGAGCACGGCGUCCUCUGCCUGGCUCUGCACCCCGGCUGGGUGCAGACCGACAUGGGCAGCGCAGUUGGACUCACGCCCCCCUUGACGGUGGACGAGAGCGUGCGAGGGAUGCUGAAGGUGCUCUCCUCCCUCUCCGAGAAGGACACCGGCACCUUCCUGGACUGGGAAGGGAAGGUGGUGCCCUGGUGAGACCCCGGCAUCCUGGCAGCGCCUCAAUAAAGCCCUUCCCGAGA